AUGGUGUUCAAUUCAGAUCCAGGUGAAGGUACCUCAGAUGGUAGAGUUAAACGCAAGCGAAAACAAAAGCCAAGCGGCUCAAAGACCAAAAUCAAAAUUGAAAACGAUGUCAAAGUUGAACCAAGAGAUGACGCAUAUUUGGUUCAGUGCUCGCCACCACCAUCGCCAAUCGAAGCAAGUGGCAAAAUUAAAUCAGAGAGCGAGAGCGAUGACGAACUGCAUUUGAAAAGCGACCCUUAUUAUGUGAAAACAGAAAUCAAGACCGAGGAAGAAGACGAAUGUUCGAAGAAGAAAUGUGAUGCGCCACCAGGUGGAAACUCAAAUAACAAUGAAAGCGAUGAUCACGAUGGUACGAAUGGAGCCAGCUCAAGACAAAACCUAAAUGGUAACGGAGAACAGCAUCGAAGUAAGCCGAAAGCAACAAAGAAAAGAGGAACGAAUAAAAAUGACAACGCAAAUGUCCGGAUUGACCCAGCCGAAGCAAAAGAUGAAAAGAAACACAAAUGUAAUUUAUGCAGUUAUGCUGCAUCGUAUAAAUAUAUGCUCAUGAGGCAUAUGCGAACUCACACAGGUGAAAAGCCUUUUGAAUGCGAAAUAUGUGCAAAGUCUUUUACACAAAUGUAUCAUUUGAAUAGACACAAGAAAGUCCAUGCCACCGAAUUUCCAUUUCAUUGUCCAAAGUGUCGCCGAGGAUUCAAACAAGAAGUUGAAAAGAUCGAGCACGAAAAUCAAUGCCAACAACGUCAAUACGAAUGUAUUGUAUGCAACUACACCACUGAUUUGUUGUCAAGUCUCAAGCAACACAUGGCAAUCCACAAUGAUGAGAGGCCAUUCGAAUGCCCAGUUUGUUUAAAAACAUUUAAAUUCACAUUUGGGCUUUAUCGUCAUUUGCACACUCACACCGAAGAAUUGCCCUUUUCCUGCUCAAAAUGUGGACUCCGAUCUACUAUCGAAAUCGAUAAACAAUCGCAUGGGGAUCGAUGCAACCGUCGACGAUACGAAUGUCAUAUUUGCCCAUUCAAAUGUUUCAGCAAAAGUGAUUUGAAAUACCACAUGCAAUCAAAGCACACAGGCGAAAAACAAUUUCAAUGCAAAGUGUGUGACAAGAAGUUUGUUUUGAAAGGUUGUCUAAAGAGACAUUUGAUAACUCAUACCGUUUUUUUGUACAGUGUACACGUUGCAACCGAUUUGAGAUCGAUCAACUACAUCAUUCUUAAUUUAUUUCUGUAA